AAACACCGCCGGAGUCUCAGAGCCGCUGCAGAAGGGAAUAAAGAGAGAUGCAGGGAUUUGUGAGGUUACGGCGCCUCGGCUGCAAGAUGCACUAGCCGGCGGAGCCCGGGCACCGGCUGACUUGUUGGAACCGGCGUGCUCUGCACGGGAGCGUGGGGGACUUGAAGUUGCUUUCCCAGGGCUGGUUCUCCACGCCGCCGAGAGGAACCCGAGAGGCCAGGGAAUCACUUCGUCUUGCCAUUGAUUGGGCAUCGGGAGCUUUUUCUCCCCUUUCUUUUCCUCCCGUCUUGUUGCAUGCAAGAAAAUUACAGUCCGCUGCUCGCCCGCCCUGGGUGCGAGAUAUUCAGCCCCGCUCUCUCCCGUCCAUUGUGCAACCCAAAGAUGAAAGACCGAAGGGGAGAAAGUUAAAGAAAUCGCCCACAUGCGCUGGAUCAGUCCACGGCUUGGGGAAAGGCAUCCAGAGAAGGUGGGAGCGGAGAGUUUGAAGUCUUUACAGGCGGGAAGAUGGCGGACUGGAGCUGAAAGUGUUGAUUGGGAAACUUGGGUGAUUCUUGUGUUUAUUUACAAUCCUCUUGACCCAGGCAGGACACAUGCAGGCCAAAAAACGCUAUUUCAUCCUGCUCUCAGCUGGCUCUUGUCUCGCCCUUUUGUUUUAUUUCGGAGGCUUGCAGUUUAGGGCAUCGAGGAGCCGGAGAGAAGAGCACAGCGGUCGGAAUGGCUUGCACCACCCGAGUCCGGAUCAUUUCUGGCCGCGCUUCCCGGACGCUCUGCGCCCCUUCGUUCCUUGGGAUCAAUUGGAAAACGAGGAUUCCAUCGUACACAUCUCCCCUCGGCAGAAGCGAGACGCCAACUCCAGCAUCUACAAAGGCAAGAAGUGCCGCAUGGAGUCCUGCUUCGAUUUCACCCUUUGCAAGAAAAACGGUUUCAAAGUCUACGUCUACCCGCAGCAAAAAGGGGAGAAAAUCGCCGAAAGUUACCAAAACAUUCUAGCGGCCAUCGAAGGCUCCAGGUUCUACACCUCGGACCCCAGCCAGGCGUGCCUCUUUGUCCUGAGCCUGGAUACUUUAGACAGAGACCAGUUGUCACCUCAGUAUGUGCACAAUCUGAGAUCCAAAGUGCAGAGUCUCCACUUGUGGAACAAUGGUAGGAAUCAUUUAAUUUUUAAUUUAUAUUCCGGCACCUGGCCUGACUACACCGAGGACGUGGGGUUUGACAUCGGCCAGGCGAUGCUGGCCAAAGCCAGCAUUAGUACUGAAAACUUCCGACCCAACUUUGAUGUUUCUAUUCCCCUCUUUUCUAAGGAUCAUCCCAGGACAGGAGGGGAGAGGGGGUUUUUGAAGUUUAACACUAUCCCUCCUCUCAGGAAGUACAUGCUGGUAUUCAAAAAAACCUGCAAGCAUGGCAAAGACUGGCAAAAGCACAAGGAUUCUCGCUGUGACCGAGACAACACCGAGUAUGAAAAGUAUGAUUAUCGGGAAAUGCUGCACAAUGCCACUUUCUGUCUGGUUCCUCGUGGUCGCAGGCUCGGAUCCUUCAGGUUCCUGGAGGCUCUGCAGGCUGCCUGUGUCCCUGUGAUGCUCAGCAACGGAUGGGAGUUGCCAUUCUCUGAAGUGAUUAAUUGGAACCAAGCUGCCGUCAUUGGCGAUGAAAGAUUGUUAUUACAGAUUCCUUCUACAAUCAGGUCUAUUCAUCAGGAUAAAAUCCUAGCACUUAGACAGCAGACACAAUUCUUGUGGGAGGCUUAUUUUUCUUCAGUUGAGAAGAUUGUAUUAACUACACUAGAGAUUAUUCAGGACAGAAUAUUCAAGCACAUAUCACGUAACAGUUUAAUAUGGAACAAACAUCCUGGAGGGUUGUUCGUCCUACCACAGUAUUCAUCUUACCUGGGAGAUUUUCCUUACUACUAUGCUAAUUUAGGUUUAAAGCCCCCCUCCAAAUUCACCGCAGUCAUCCAUGCAGUCACCCCCCUGGUCUCUCAGUCCCAGCCAGUGUUGAAACUGCUCAUGGCCGCAGCCAAAUCCCAGUACUGUGCCCAGAUCAUAGUUCUAUGGAAUUGUGACAAACCCCUACCAGCCAAACACCGCUGGCCUGCCACUACCGUGCCUGUCAUCGUCAUUGAAGGAGAAAGCAAGGUCAUGAGCAGCCGUUUCCUGCCCUAUGACAACAUCGUCACGGACGCAGUGCUCAGCCUGGACGAGGACACCGUGCUCUCCACCACAGAGGUGGAUUUUGCCUUCACCGUCUGGCAGAGCUUCCCCGAGAGAAUUGUGGGGUACCCGGCGCGCAGCCACUUCUGGGAUAACUCUAAGGAGCGGUGGGGGUACACGUCCAAGUGGACAAAUGACUACUCCAUGGUGUUGACUGGAGCUGCUAUUUAUCACAAAUAUUAUCACUACCUGUACACCCAUUAUCUGCCAGCCAGCCUGAAGAACAUGGUGGACCAGCUGGCCAACUGUGAGGACAUUCUUAUGAAUUUCCUGGUGUCUGCUGUGACAAAAUUGCCUCCAAUCAAAGUGACCCAGAAGAAGCAGUAUAAGGAGACAAUGAUGGGUCAGACUUCUCGGGCUUCCCGCUGGGCUGACCCUGACCACUUUGCCCAGCGACAGAGCUGCAUGAAUACGUUUGCCAGCUGGUUUGGCUACAUGCCGCUGAUCCACUCUCAGAUGAGGCUCGACCCCGUCCUCUUUAAAGACCAGGUCUCUAUUCUGAGGAAGAAAUACCGAGACAUUGAGCGACUUUGAGGAAUCCAGCCACGUGGGGGAGGGGAAGCGAGAAGGGACUGGGGUCAAGCUGCUCUCUCUUCCCAGUGCAGAUCCGCUCAGCCACGGGGCCAGAUUGUGCCAAGUAGCCAAAUAAACUUACAUGAACAGAAUGACACAAAAACAAACAAAAAAGUCCAAUGAGAACUUGACUCCUGGCUCCUGGGACUGCACGGGACUGCUCCAAACUCACCUCACUGGCUGCCAUGUCCCAAGACUAGGUUGUGUACAGUUUAAUUAUGGAACAUUAAAUAAUUAUUUUUGAAAUGAUUGCUAUGCAGGUUUAAACUUUUUUAAUGAUCAAAACUAUUAAAAACCAGAGUUCUUUCUUUAAUCAAAA